UUGGGGUGAAUGGGCUGCCGCAGUGUUGAAGGCGAUGUCCUUGGAAGUGACCAGGGUGACUGCAGGGAUGGUGCUAGGAGAGCUGUAUGUCUCAGAUCGAGAGGGCAAUGAUGCUACAGGCGAUGGGACGAAAGAGAAACCUUUUAAAACAGGUCUAAAGGCUCUGAUGACAGUAGGAAAAGAACCGUUUCCUACCAUUUAUGUAGAUUCGCAGAAAGAGAAUGAGAGGUGGGAUGUCAUUUCCAAAUCACAGAUGAAAAACAUUAGAAAAAUGUGGCACAGGGAACAAAUGAAGAAUGAAUCCCGGGAAAAGAAGGAGGCAGAAGACAAUUUGCGAAGAGAAAAAAACCUGGAAGAAGCCAAGAAGAUUACCAUUAAAAAUGAUCCCAGUCUCCCAGAGCCGCAGUGUGCGAAGAUUCAUGCAUUAGAAGCACAUAGAGGCCAAAGAGUGAAGGUGUUUGGCUGGGUCCACAGGCUGCGUAGACAAGGAAAGAAUUUAAUGUUUCUGGUGUUGCGUGACGGUACGGGUUAUCUCCAGUGUGUCUUGUCGGAUGAGCUGUGUCAGUGUUACAAUGGAGUGGUCUUGUCCACCGAGAGUAGUGUUGCAGUGUACGGAACGUUGAACCUCACACCAAAGGGCAAGCAGGCCCCAGGGGGCCAUGAGCUGAGCUGUGACUUCUGGGAACUAAUAGGGUUGGCCCCUGCUGGAGGAGCCGAUAACCUCAUCAACGAGGAGUCUGACGUCGACAUCCAGCUUAACCACAGGCACAUGAUGAUCCGAGGAGAAAACAUGUCCAAGAUCCUGAAAGCCCGCUCCAUGAUCACCAGGUGCUUCAGAGAUCACUUCUUUGACAGGGGCUACUAUGAGGUUACUCCUCCAACAUUAGUGCAAACGCAGGUGGAAGGCGGUGCCACACUCUUCAAGCUUGACUAUUUUGGAGAAGAGGCAUUUCUGACACAGUCGUCUCAGUUGUACCUGGAGACCUGCGUCCCAGCGCUUGGAGAUGUGUUUUGCAUUGCACAGUCGUACAGGGCAGAGCAAUCCAGAACACGAAGGCACCUGGCAGAGUACACACACCUGGAAGCAGAGUGCCCUUUUCUGACCUUUGAGGAGCUCCUGGACCGAUUGGAGGACUUGGUUUGUGACGUGGUGGACAGAGUCUUGAAAUCCUCUGUAGCAAACAUAGUGUAUGACCUCAACCCGAACUUCAAGCCCCCCAAACGGCCUUUUAAACGGAUGAACUAUUCAGAUGCCAUCGUGUGGCUAAAAGAACACAAUAUAAAGAAAGAAGAUGGAACUUUCUAUGAAUUUGGAGAAGAUAUCCCAGAAGCUCCUGAGAGACUGAUGACAGACACCAUUAACGAGCCAAUCCUGCUGUGUCGAUUUCCUGUGGAGAUCAAGUCUUUCUACAUGCAGCGAUGUCCUGAGGAUGCCCGCCUUACUGAAUCUGUUGAUGUGUUGAUGCCGAAUGUUGGUGAGAUUGUGGGAGGCUCCAUGCGUACCUGGGAUAGUGAGGAGUUAUUGGCAGGCUACAGAAGAGAAGGGAUCGACCCCGCUGCCUAUUACUGGUAUACGGAUCAGAGAAAAUACGGUACCUGUCCUCAUGGAGGAUACGGCUUGGGCUUGGAACGAUUCUUAACUUGGAUUCUGAAUCGGUAUCACAUCCGCGAUGUGUGCCUGUACCCUCGAUUUGUCCAGCGCUGCAAGCCCUGACCUGCUUCUCCCGAGGCUCGAAGGAA